AUGGCUGCGCAAUCAUCCCUAGGUCACAAAAGAACAGAUUCGGGGGUCGGUGGUACGGGGCUGAUUCCCGACACUUUAGCCACCGCAGAAAGCUUUUGUACAGCUGUGUCUUCUCUUGCAUCUGAGCAUGGAUUCCAAGCGAUCAACGAGCUAGUAAAAUUAGCACCGCAACGCGAGCUCGAAAUCAGGACCAGAGACGAAACAAUACGAGAUUUGAGGGACCAACUGGUCGCUCUUCAGAAGGAGCGCGACGUCUUCGACGAUCAGCAACUAUCUAACUUUGAAGGCAGAUACAAGAAAUGGAAAGAGCAGAACACCACGCUACAGAAUAAGAUAGAUGAGCUGAAAGCAGCUUUGGAAGAAAAAGACUCGAAGGUGACCACGCUGCAAAGUCAGCUGGGAGAUUUCGAGGCACGGGUUGACGAUCUCGAAAAGGAGAAUGCUCAAGUAACAAAAAGAGUGAAAGAAAAGGGUCAACAACUCGGAGAACUUGAAGCGAAAUUGCAACGUGCACAGGCUGAUUUGGAUGGACGAGUUGAAGAGAUCAAGGAAGCGCAGAACCGUAUGAGUGCACUUCGGGAUUCUUUCGAGAAUGAAGCAAAUCAGCACAGAGUCUUGAGGGAGGAGGCUAACAAGAACCGAGUGAGACUCAAAGAUUUCGUCCAGUUCUCGGUCAAGAUUGCGGAACUUGACUUGCCAGAUAUUACCGUUCGGAUGGAGCAACUAUGGAUGGUUGCCACAAAGCUGGUGAAGAACUUCUUCGGCCGGGACAUGCCCGAUACCGUUCUCAAGAGUGAUUGGACUAGACUUCGAGACAAUGACAUCUUCAAGCACCAAAUUCCGCUCCCUCAGUCUAAUACAGACGCUGCAAGGAGAAUGCGAACUGCAAUAAUUCUUGGUGCCCUCACGCGACUUGUAGACAAGUUCGUAUUCCAACCAACUUACCUACUGGACGAAGAAAGUGGAUUGCGAGAAAUCUUGCGCGAUGAAGCAUCUGUCGACCCAGUAAAGGAGAGAUAUACUCGAGGCAUUCUUCUUUCCAUGUCACCCGACGAACAAGAGGCCAACAGCGAGGGCAUUUUACAUCAUGUUGCCAAAGAGCUCCUCGAAACUGCGAACGUGAGAGCACUGCUCACUCCAGAGACUUUCGAUGCCUUUCCACAGGCCUUGGAUGAUUUUGUAGGACAGUGUCGAGAAGAAUGGAAGAUCAUCCAGCGCGGGAAACAGAAAUUGGAACCCAGCUUCGCUUAUUCAACUUGCUCCAAUCACCCUUGGCAACUCUUCGACGACACACGUGCUGAUGCAAGAGACGGGAGACAUUCCGAAGGACUUUCCGCUACCACUGCUAUCGAAAACAACAUCGUUUUGAUUCCUCGCAUCUAUCUUGUCGGCACCAAAGCCGAUCCGGAUCCAAUCACACAUGGCUGCGUUAUACAAAAUGUGCAUUCCAGAGUCGUGAUGGAUUAUGAACGGAACUUUGAGCCCAUGGACGAGGUAGAUGGAAUCACCGAGUGA